UCAGUCGCCCGCCGGCCACCGCGCGUACCCUGCAUGCGUUCAGACGCCGCUACACAAUGCAAUUCGAAUACGAGCCCGAGACACUGAUUGAGGCGGUGAAAAAACGCCCCGGCAUAUGGGACUUCGAGAACCGCGAGUACAGAUCGAAAGUUGCGCGACACACGCUGUGGUUGGAGGUCGUGCGAGAGGUGGCCGGGAAUGACAUCAACGUCACGAAGAGCGAGAUGCGUGAGUUGGAGCUUCAACUGCAAAAGAAAUGGAAGAGUAUACGCGACUGUUUUCAAAAAUACAUAUCAAAUCCGAACAGAACCAAAAAACCGUACGUCUAUUGUCGUCUCUUAGAAUUCCUGUUAAAAAAUCAGUCGUUACCUUCCCGCGACACGGGCGGGGGUAGCGACUCUGAAGAGGAUCCGGCUAUAAAGAAAGUAUGGAGACCCAUAAAGAAAUUGAAACUGACCAAAAUGAGUUCAGAUGAAGAAAACGACAAUUAUAUGGACGAUACACAAUCAAAUGACGGCAUAGAGUUGGAAGUAACGCCAUCAAAGCCAACUAUAAACGAAUUUGCAUUCGCAAAUGUCUCAGAUAUAGCCAAUAAAAGUGAAAGCGAAGAUCCAGACAAAAUGUUUCUCUUAUCAUUACUGCCACACUUGAAAGCCGUUCCUGAAGAAUUCCGCCUUAAUGUGAAAGUGGACAUGAUGCAAGUGUUGAGGAACGCUAGUUAUCACAUGGUGAACGAUCAUAAAAUAAUGUGAAUUGUUAUAUUACAUUUUGUACAGUAGUUAUAAAGUGAACAUUGAAUUUGUAAUACAUACCGCCUUUAAAGGUAUCAAACAUUCCUUAAUAUAAGAGUAUAUACCAUGUAAAA